AUGCGCUGGUGUCUACUAUUAUUCGCUCUAACAUUUUCAGUGGAUUGCCAAUUUGGCGACGAGGAUCAAGUUGAGAGACUGAUUGAAACCGCGUUUAAACUUGACGAUGUAGCUCAUAAGAUUGAGCAUUCUGCGAAUGACAUGGUGAAUCCUUUGGAAAAUUCGGCGUUCCGCAGUCGUCUUCCAAUUCAGCGACGAGAGAAUACCGAUGAUGAGGACGAGCUGCAGUCAGUCUCGAAGAUACUUGGAACGGCUAAAUCAUUGCUUGGAACAUUUAUGGGACUUGGCGAUUCUGUGAUGCUUCCGCAAGUUCGAAUCAUUAGUAAUGGAGAUCGCGACGAUAGCAAAACGAAGAAGCUGCUCCCGAUUCUCGACACUCUUACCGAAUUGCCGAUGGAGAUGUCGCACUUGAGGGGACCCCAUAUUUGCAUCGAUGAGAUUGUUGAGCACAGCUCGAAUCCGAAUGGAACUCUUGAUGUCUCUGUCGGCUGCAAUCGAUUCAGAGAUGCGUUAGUCUGCACGACGAAGGCGCCGUCGGGAAGGGUUACGAAGAGGAUUCAAGAUUGUUGCAGUGGAUUCACUACUAAAGAUAUUAGUCGAUAUGGAUGUAAUCAAGAAAUCGACGCCAAAUAUCUGUCGGAUCACAAUCUCGGUCAGUAUGAUGAACAACUCGCCAACGUCACCGUUCUUAUCUCGGGCGACGAGGCGAACGAGACGUUCAUAUUGCCGGGCGUCCAUCGCCUCUAUGAAUGGGAUGAUCGGAAAGUGCUGACGACGGCCAACAACGAGAAGUUUGUGGUUCAAGUGAACUCUGAUAUUCUGACGGAUAUUCGAUUGAAUUGCGCGUUGAACAAUGAAACGAUUCAUCUCAAAAACGCCGACGUUCUGAAAUUCGAUCGUCGAUUGAAGCCGGCCGCCGAGAAUCUCUACACGCUCAUCGAGUCCGAUCCGCGAUUGUCAACGUUCUUGAAAGUAAUCGGUCAGGAAAUGCACGAGUUCCUCCGAGAAAUCAAUGGGGCGACCGUGUUCGCGUUCACCAACGAGGCGUUUGAGGCGAUACCCGAAGUGACGCGUCUUCACAUUUUGGAGAACGCCAACGAUGAAUGUGUUCAAGGACUCAUGAAGCAGCAUGUGAUUACUGCUGGCACAUAUUGCUUGAACAAUAUCCCAUUUGAGAUGACGUCGCUUAGCGGAAACACGAUUGUAGCGGCAAGAAAUUUGACGCACACGAAAAUUGAUUCGGCCACAAUUGUUGACGCUGAUCGAUUCGCGUUGAACGGAAUCGUCCAUGUCAUCGAUGGUGUCCUUCUUCGUGAAAAUUAUUUGUCGUGGUACGACACGUUGAAGUCGUUCAAUCCGAUGAUGGCCGAGAAAUUGAAGCAGAAGAACAUCGUCACACCGGCGACGAUAUUCGUUCCCGAAGUCGACAAUUCGACGGAUAUCGAGAAUAUUGAUAAUCUUCUGGUGUCGGGAAGAUUGAUUCCGAGCGUUGCCAACAUUGAAGAAAUCGUCACCGAUGCGAAUUCAACUCUUUUCGUUGACAACUCGUCCCAAAAGAGCACCCUCUUCUCGAUGAGAAUCAGCAUGAACGGUUUCAACGCGGUUCGGAAUCGACGCAUCGGAUGCUCGGUGGUGAAUCCGGCGCCGAUUCGCACCUGCAAGGCGAUCUUCCAUUUCAUCAACAAGCCGCUUCCAAUGGUCCGCGAUAGCGUCGAGGAGAUUCUGAAGACGCGCGGCGAUCUCUCGAAAUUCUAUCAUCUUUGGACGAUCUCCAAUAUCACCGAUGCGAUUGGAACCGAGCAGAUCACCGUGUUUGCGCCGCAUGAUGACGCAUUCUCGAAGAACAUGCUAAAGAAAGUCAAAAGAAGCCAGAAGACCAUUAACAAUUUUGUUAAGAAGCACGUUGUGGAGGCUGUUCUCUGCAACAGCGAUCUUGAAAGGAAGAAGUAUGAGGUGCGGACAUCGAUGUUCAGCUCGAUCAAUGGCGAUGUCGUCAUUCCUUCGUACAACGAUGACGACGAGGCCAUUGAAGUCAAUGGGGCCCGAAUUCAGGAAAGUCAAAUCAUCGCCACGGAUGGAAUUAUUCAUGUCAUGGAGGGCUUCUUCCAGAUAUCCGACAAGGCCAAUCGGCCAACGUCGCCGAGAUUCUUGAGGAAUCAAGCGUCCAGCUUGUUCUCUCAUAUUCUUGGAUGA